AUGAGGAUAGAAGGAGAAAAAGGUGUGAAAACACAAUCCGCGCCAAAACAUUGGCCGCGGACGCGCAAAAGAAAUUUUGGCCGAGCAAUUCCAAUCUGGCCGACCGUACGGUCGAGCCGGGAAGGAAUAGCCGUGCUCGGCCGGAUCAUCUACUUGCGCGACAGAAAACGUUCGCGCCACGCACGAACCGGGAAAGACGGCCGCGAUCGGCCGAAAUUUUCGUAUCGGAACGGACCGACCGUGCCGGUCGAUCCGGGAAACAAACGAUCGGCCUCGGCCGAAAUCUCUCGGCCAAACAAAUUUGGCCGACCAAAUCGCUCGACCGCGACAAAAUCGGCCAUCGGCCCAAAACUUUUCGGCCAAGGUACACCAAUGGCAAAGACAAAAGGAAAUGAGAGUAUGAAGAAGAAGAAGAACCCAUUCAUGGAACCACCAAAGAAGCAAAUCAAGCUAGGGAGUAGUAGCUCCAAUGCAAGAGCAGCAAUACCAACUUCACCACAUUCCAUUGAUGCAAUCAAGAACAUGUGGAGAGUCCAAGAGAGAGAAGAUGAUUGGGCACUUGUAACCUUUGUUGGAGAACAAAAUCAAGACCCAAGAAAGUGUAAGAAGGCAAUGGAGAAGGUGAACAUCGAGCCAUGUGUGAAGAUGGACACCCAAACCCUUGAUCUUCUCAAGAUAAGAGAUGAUGUCACAUGGUACAUAAGGAAGCUAGGCUUGAGCAAGCUCUUCAAGCUAGAAUGUAGUGAGUACUCACAACUCACCAAGGAGUUCCUCUCUACAGUAGCUCUUGCCUUUCCCAACCACAAUGGAGACCAACCAGCUGCCAUUCGCUAUGUGCACCGCCUCAUCUCCACCACUUUCCAAUGCAAACAAGAAGCCAACAAGGUCACAACUGAUGAGUUCUACAUCCUCACCACACCAUUCAUCAAGCAUGAGUACAAGGCCAACCUUGGACUUUUACUUGCCAAGACAUUCAUCAAUGUGAGGAAGCUAGCUAAAGACUUGGAAGGCAACAAGAAGCUUUGUGUUCGUUUUGGGAGGCUUAUCACGGCCAUAGUACUGCAUGUGGGGAUUGACAUUCCCAACUAUGAGCCACUACCCAAGCCAACCCCUUUGGAUCUCCAUGCUCUUCAGCACAUCCACUUCCUAAACCGUUGGACUAAAGACCCAACUCGCCUACGCUCAGGAGUUGUCACUUUCCAGCCCAAUGAGGAAGACUUCUAUGUUCCAUCAAGUGAGAAACCAUCAUUCCCCAUGCUCACCUAUCGCACACUUCAGCAUGCAGUCAAGACUCAACGCCGCAUCCAAGAACGCCAUGUUCUCACUACUGGCAUGGCUGCGCACCAAGCUCUAGACCGUGUUAACAAGCUGGAGAAGAUAGUGGAAUGCCAAUCUCGCUUCAUCUCACGCCUAGUCCGCGUAGUUCGCCACAUUGCACCGGAGAGACUCUUUCGCCCUUCUUCCACCGCUAGAGAGCCAUAUGAGCCUGACCUUGGUGAGUUCUCACUAGACUCAGAGCUUGGUUCAGAAGGCGAUGACCCCAUAGAUGAGGAAGAGAGUUCUUCUCACUGCCACACAUAG